UGCGCGUGAACGUGGGGGCUCGUGCGGCGCGGUGUUUUCAUGCGCUUAGUUUCGCGCCGGUUGCCACGACAGUCGCAUUGACUCGGGUUCGCGCGCGUGCGUGCGUGAGUUUUUCGAAAAAAAAAGAGAAAAAAGAAAAGAGAGAGAGGACAGGGGAAAAAGAAGACACCACGCAGCUGCGUUUGUUCUCGAGCGUGAUUAAGGAGAGACUCUCGAAGAAAAGUUACGGACUGUAUGUGCGCGUAUUUCAUGGCGGAAGACGGAGCGACGGAUGCAACGAGUUCGCGCGCAAACUUGCACUUUGCAAAGUGAGAGAGACGUCGAGUUUCGUCGCGGAAUCUUCGUUUCUCGGCGCUCGAUUGACGGGACGAGAGGGUAAGAGAGAGAGAGAGAACGGGAAAGAAGAAGCGAGGAAAGACGGGGAAGUCGGAAUCGAAUCGCCCGCCACGGGGCUAACACUCCACGAACGUUACAAUGUGCUGUGUGUGUGAUGUACGGUGCAGUGUGUUGGUGCUAACUUAGUGAUAACGACGAUAUUAUAUACAUAUAUAUAUAUAUAUCCUCCGUCGCAUCCGGCGUAACGUACAAACUAGUCAACGUAUUAUCUUGCCCGCCGGGAUUGCCGCCGGAAAGAUAAGGGCGGAGACCGGCAAGAAAAUUCCUUUGGUGAUCCUCUCAGCAAAUCAGAUCAGGAUUACCUAUGAUCCCGCUGGGCGUCGCGAGGACGACGGAAAAGGCAGAGAGGCGCUUUUGGCAGCGUUCCUAAUCUUCCUGCCUGGCCUGCCGUUCUCUUCUCUCUUUCUCUCUCUCUUCAUUACGUUUUCCACUCCCUCUUCCUCCUCCUUCAUCUCCACCUGCUCGCGUUUCUCUUUGCCGAGAGAUCGUGGACGCAUCGAGAUCUCACGUCGGAUCGCACUAUGGACAUGAGCAGCGAGUCGAGCACCGCUAGAUGGUAUGAGCCACCCAGGUCGUCGCUGGAGCCGCCUUCGGGGGGCGCCGGAGUGGCCGGGGUGGUCGGCAACCCUGGCGACUACAGGGGUUACUACCCUCACGCCGGACCGACGGCGCAUCACCCCGCAGCCGCGGCCCACUACGCCCACACGAGGAUGUCGAGCAGCGGCGUGUCGAGCGGUCCGGUGAGCCAAGUUUGCCGGCCGCACUUUCACAGCUCGGUUCUCCACCCGUGGCUGUCCGGCAGCAGCGCGGACACCUCGAAGACACCCUGGGGAUUUCCCGCGACGACGGCGACCACGGGCGGCGCCGUUAACGACGAGAAGCCACAAAGUCCGCUGGGGUCCUCGCUGCCGCCCACCUCUGGAAGUUUGUCGAGUCACGGUGGCGGCGGCGCCGGUCACCAUCUCUUCUCCUUCCCGCCGACGCCGCCCAAGGACGCUACACCCGACAGCAUAACCGCCAGCACGACCUCCAGCACGAACAACAACAAUAACAACUCGACGAACGCCAACAACAACAAUAAUAAUAGCGGUAAUCCUCUGUCCGGGCUGGGCGGCGGAGCCGCCAGCGAGUAUCAGGCAGCGGUCGCGCACGCGGCGGUAAUGGGUGCGUUUAUGCAUCAUCAAGACGCGCUGGGCGCAUCAGGCGCCGGCUCGUGCGAUAUCAAGCCGACGGUGAUGCUUGGCCAUCAUCACGGGGCGCCCUCGCCGCCGCAUCAGCAGCACAACGGUUCCAACAAUGGCGGCAACGGUCCCGGCAACAACGGCUCAUCCGCCGGUCAGGUGAAGCAGCGAGAAGGUAAUAACCAAUCCGGCAAUGUGACGGGCAGCCAACAGGCGAGCACCACGCAGCAACAACAGCAGCAGGACGCGUAUCAGAACAACAACGGCGUGCCGGCCGGUGGCGGUGGCGGUGGUGGUGGCGGCGCUGGAUCCUCUGGCAAUGGUAAUAGCGGUAAUAGCGGCGGCAGCGGUGGCGCGGUCUCGCCCUGCAGAGACAGUUACGCGGCUGCGGCCGCGGCCGUCGCGGCCGCGACCAACAGCCACCAUGCCACUUCCGGUUCGCAGUACGACCCGGCCGCGAGCGCGUACAACAUGUACCAACACCUGCAGUAUCCCGCCACCAGCCACCAUCACCAUCAUCAUCAUCACGGCGCCACCUCGGUGUCGUCCACGGCCGCGUCGUCCCACAAUCCCCACAACGGCGGUGCGGUCGCCGGUAUUUUCGGUCACCACGCCGGUGCCGGUAACGCGGCCGGCGGCGGCGGCGGCCUGACCGGCGUCGCGGACUCGAAACUGCUAGUCGGUCACGCGCACGGAAAUACGCCGGGCUCGCCUUCCGCGCAACAGCAGCAGCAGCAAAAGCCGAGGAACAAGUCGAGGACGUCCGCCGAGGGUCGCGAGUGCGUAAAUUGCGGCGCUACUUCGACACCACUCUGGAGACGAGACGGCACAGGCCACUACCUCUGCAACGCCUGCGGCCUCUAUUACAAGAUGAACGGCCAGAAUCGACCCCUCAUCAAGCCGAAACGACGCCUGUCGCUGCAGAGUGCGGCGAGACGGGCGGGCACCAGCUGCGCCAACUGCAAGACGGCGACUACGACCCUCUGGCGAAGGAAUCAGGCGGGCGAACCAGUCUGCAACGCUUGCGGACUCUACUACAAGUUGCACAACGUGAACCGGCCAUUGACGAUGAAGAAGGAGGGCAUCCAGACGAGAAACAGAAAGCUCUCAUCAAAGAGCAAGAAGAAGAAGACCGGCGGUUGCCUGGGCCUCGGCGGUGUCAUGGGCGACAUGAUCAAGGCCACUGGACACCUCGACCUCGACAACAAACCCUUCCACUCCGGAUUCGGUGCGCCGAUGGGUACGUCCCAGCAUCAUCAUACGAUGCAUCCAGCGAUGCAGCAUUACAUGUAUCACACGGGUGUCAGCGUGGCCGGAGGUCUUCAUCAGGGAUUUGCGCCACCGGCGCCGCCCCCUAUCCACCCGCAUUCGCAUUCGCAUUCCCAUUCUCAUCACAUGACGAGUCUUCAGGGUCUGCAGCUGGCCAGCGCGACGAACGCGAUGACCGGCUGGCGAUCGGAGUUCACAUGAAUCGCGAGUGACUAAGCAGCUCAGGAGGACACAGCCCACCACUGUCUUGCAAUGUUGUAAAAUGCGUAAAGGGAGAGAAAAAGAAAAGAGAAACGAAAAAAAUAAAAAACGAUGGGAGUGAUAUAUAUAUAUAUAUAUAUAUAUAUACACACGCUCCUCUUUUCUUUCUCGCACGCGGGCGUCUCCUUCUUACAAAGGAGACACAAUCGAUCACCGAUGACACGGAGGAGAAAAAAAAAAAGAAUAUUCCCGCGACAACACGCGGGACAAGUAUCCAGGGCUCACGUCGUCCUCGCGGGGGCACGUCCAUGAGAGCAGCGCGUCCGUUGGAUCUCUCUUAUAAAAGUGAAAGCUCUUGUAAAUAUGUAAAGUUUCAUGUGUUAGGGCCAUCGAGCCCCGGCCCCAAGUACAAAGGAAAAAAAUCAGCUACUGUAUCGAGUCUUAUAUAUCAUAAAUAUGUAUGAUAUAUAAAGCGUAUGUAAAUAAAUAUUACAUAGAUACAAGAAUUUAUUAUAUAUAUAUAUAUAUAUAUUAUAUAUAUAUAUUAUGCGCAUACGAGCGUGUGCGUGUGACGGAAGGUCGGGUGAGUGCGCGCGUGUAUAUGCGAUGACCUGGUCCUUUGUGAAGCUGGCUCUCCUCGCUUGGAUAUAUUCUAGGCGAGCGAUCGGAGAUGGUGAAACUGUCGCGUGAAACUUGGUCCUUCUCACGUGAAAGAUCCACGCUUCCCUAGAAUCGAUUCCGGGGAGAGUCGCGACAAGCUCGCUCGCUCGCUCGCUCGCUGUAGGCGCGCGACACGCUUUGCAUGGGAAUCGACGCGCAACAUCGUGCAAUUUCGGGGGAGAAAGAGUGAGAGAGAGAGAGAGAGAGAGAGAAUUUUAUUAAAACGAGAGUUUGUGUAACCCGCGGUGCGGGAUCGUUUGGACGUUUUCGCGAAGAUUCUCGAUCGAUCAUGAAUUUUAAAUUCGUCAGAGUGUUUUCCUUGUCGAGCUCGGUCUUUCGAAACUUCAAUUGGAACGACGAACGAUAAUUCACUCUGUACCUUCCGUACGAUUUCUUUGAACAAAGAGAACGUUAAAACGUACCCUUUUUCCUUUUUUUUUUUUAAGAGUAACCACUUUUUAUUGCACAGCAAAAUUAUGUUAACAAAUCGAUAUAUCUCUAUUCUUUUUUCGGAUACUGUUAAAGAACGUUUUCGAGUAGAUACGAGCAGCAAUAAUUCAGAAACAUUAACGAUACGCAGACAAAAAUCGGUCCACGAAGAGCCCAUUAAUCCAGAAACAUAAUUCGCUUCCCUAGGAAUUGAAACACCUUCUUGUGAUAUCUCGAUCGUGGAUUCACGCCAGUAAUCUCCGAAAUCGAGUUUUCUUCUAGUUUUUUUUUUAAGACUUUCGAAUAUACAUACCUUUUUUAUACUUAUCACCGUCGGCGUCCAUUGGUCCAGCACCGUACUGUGUCGUACCGGUUAGUGAUAGUUAAUGUAAGUGUAAUAAAAACACGAUUAUAGAGUAAAACUCGUAAAUUAUACACGAAGCCUUUGGCGAAAGAGAGAGAAAGAAAGAAGGAUCGAUUGUCGACGACGCGAUCGCCAGAUUGCAUGAGCGUUAGCUUCAUAAUUUAGUCAUGGCGGACACGAGAAAUCCACACUUACACAUAAACACACACCGAACAGCAGCAAGAGUCAGCGCAAGAAAUACAACACAUGACUAAUGCAAGUGUAAAUUUUGUAUCUUCGAAAUUGUGUAUCGUUAUUGUAAUAAUAGUACAUAUAUAUAUAUAUGCAAAUGAAGAAAAUAAAAAGUAUAUAUAUUAUAUAUAAUAAAUAAAUAUAUAUAUAUAUAUAUAUAUAUAUAUAUAUAUAUAUAU